AAUAUGUUGGUGGUGUUCCUCAACCGAAGCAAAAAAGUGUACAGUCGUUUACUUUCUUUUCAUCUUCUUCUCUCUCUCUCCUUAGUCCCAAAACAUCACAUAAAUGAACUCAUACAUACAUACAUACAUACCCCAUUCCCAUCACCAUUACAUUUCCUUACAUAUACAUACACUCUCUCUCUCUCUCUCUCUCUCUCUCUCUCUCUCUCUCUCUCUCUCUCUCCUGUACCUUUCACUGUACUUUGUUGAGAAAGAAAGCCUCACCACACCACAUAAAGAAUGAGUUCAUCCUCAGGUCAGACUACUACUGGCCAUGAUCUCUCUUUCAAGAUCUUACUAAUCGGUGAUUCUGGUGUUGGAAAAAGUUGCUUGCUCGUUACCUUCAUUUCCAGUUCCUCCGUUGAAGAUCUUUCACCAACCAUUGGUGUUGAUUUUAAGAUCAAAACGCUAACCGUAGGUGGGAAGAGAUUAAAACUUACAAUUUGGGAUACAGCUGGGCAGGAAAGGUUCAGGACUCUAACAAGUUCUUACUAUAGAGGAGCACAAGGAAUUAUUCUUGUUUAUGAUGUCACAAGGAGAGAAACCUUUACAAACUUAUCUGAAGUGUGGUCUAAGGAAUUGGAACUCUAUUCAACUAACCAAGAGUGCGUCAAGAUGCUAGUUGGAAAUAAAGUUGACAGAGAUUCUGAAAGGGCUGUGAGCAGAGAAGAGGGAUUAGCCCUUGCUAAAGAAUUGGGAUGUUUACUUCUUGAAUGUAGUGCUAAAACUCGAGAAAAUGUGGAGAAGUGCUUUGAAGAACUCGCUCUUAAGAUAAUGGAAGCACCUAGUCUAUUGGAAGAAGGAUCAACAGCAAUAAAAAGAAAUGUUUUAAAACAGAAACAAGAACCACAAGCACCACAGAGCGGCAGCUGUUGCUCUUGAAAUACUGCAUUGUGAACUUUUGGAAAAUCCUGUAUAUGUGAGCUUCUUCGCUAGUUUUUACUGCUGCCAGUGUCUUUUUGUUGGUCAAUUACUUGUGAUUGGGGGGAAAUUGGCAACAAUGACAUUUAUCAGCUUGUGUAAAUUUGUUUGGUUUUGAAUGAUUGUAUCAUUUGUGUGUUGCUCCCAAGUCAAUCUGAUAAUUAUACUUGUCUAA